GCUCGAGGUGGUGGAAGCCGGCCUUGAAGCGGCGAUCGAUGAAGGUGCUGCUGCACCAGAGGAGAGUGGCGAGCCACACCUACAUCCCCGACCCAGUCGGUCCAUGCUUGGCGGUGCUGAUGGCGCCAGGAUCGCGCCACGGAACUUGGGGCAGGAAGAGACUGCCUUGCAGGCGCGACCUACGCUGGCUCCGCACCUGCGGCUUCCACCGCGUUCGGCGGUGGCCGCGCCGUCCUGUGCGCCGCAUCUCCGCGACGCGUCGACACGCUCCAGGAGUUCCGGACGCAACGAGCAGCGGCUGCAUCGGAUUUCGAAGGCGUUGAGCAAGAUUCUUCGCCACAAGGCUGUGGCGCUCGGCAUCCGGAUCCGUGACGACGGAUUCUGUCCGGUUGAAGAGCUCUUGUGCCUGGCAGAGCUUCGCGCGCUCCGAUGCUCUUUGACGGACAUCGAGGAGAUCGUUCGGACCGACCAGAAGCAGCGCUUCCAGUUACAGGGGUCCUCGUUGCUCCGAGCCGUGAACGGCCACACCAUGGAGGCGAUCGACGAUGAGCGCCUGCUGACACGUCUUUGGCCGGACGACCCCCGUCUGCCGGAGGCAGUCGGCGUUGUCUUUGGUUUUCCGCAGCCUCUGGUAGUGAUGGUGCUCGCAUUAAUCCUGUGCUUCCGUGCCACAUCCCUCGUCACAGGGACUGGACUGGUGGCGGAUCGGCGGCGCGUCCACUUCUCGCCCUUCGAGCCGCACGACAGUCGUGUGAUCUCGGGCCUGCGUGCUAACUGCGAGGUGGCCAUCUACAUAGACUUGCCCGCGGCUUUGGAGGAAGGGCUGCCAUUCUUCAUGAGCGCAAAUGAGGUGAUACUGUCGCCGGGCAUCGAUGGGCGAAUCCCGCCCAAAUUCAUAACUCGCGUGCGCCGCCUGUGAAGACAUGAC